AUGAACGUAUUUCUCUCCCUACUAACGAUACAUUGUCAUGCUCCACAUCCUGAUCGUGUUCCAGCUCUCCAAUUAAAGAACGAAAUAAAAACUCGUACUGUAAUGACAGAUGAAUCACCCAGCUCAAUUAUUAAUUCAGCCUUACGCACAUAUCCAUUGAGUGCUGCUGGUGAACUUCCUAGAAGUGACGGCCUGUCGCUCACAAUUCGACGACAACGUACUACUGAAACAGUGGAUGUCAAUGGUCGUUUACCAGAAAAGUUGCGAAAAAUGUAUCGUGAUGAAGACUUCAUCUUACACGAAGACAAAAAAUUAAUUAUCUUUACAACGAAAACUAAUUUAUCUAUUCUAAAGCAAAACAAACAUUGGUUCGUUGAUGGAAUGUUCAAAGUGUGUCCCGACGAUUAUUAUCAACUCUUCACGUUACAUGCGAUGAUGACUAAUGCAAUUAUUCCUCUCGUGUAUGGAUUGCUAAUUGGUAAAAGCAACGGGGAUUACAAUCAAUUCUUCGAAAAAUUAUUUGAACAAGAUAAUUUUCAACCUGAAUCAAUUAUGACUGAUUUCGAGUCUGGUACAAUCAAAUCAGUUAAAGGGACGCUACCUAACGUUUUACACAAAGGCACGUUCUAA